UGUUCAGAACUUGUUGUCAACUUGAAGGUGAAUCAAACGAAAAAAUAAAAAAAACAUGUGGUACUGUACAAGAACAAUGAUGCUUGGAAUGAAAUUAGUGGUCUUAUUCGGAAUAAUUGUAACAGUUUCCCAAAUAUCAUGUGAGCCAAUCCAUGAUAUCCCGUGCAAUAGUAAAACAACACCGGACCAAGAAGACAAAAAGAAUAAAACAAUAGACAUCAAUUCGCAGUUGAACAUCCUCUCAGAGACCAUCAAUGGCUGGAUAAAGAAUGUUCGCUCUAAAGUAAGUAGGAAUGUAAAACCUUCAAACAGAGCAGAACCUUUUCCGAAGUCAGUUCAAAAUGUAGGAAAACUAGCACAAGACGAAAGAGGAAAUUUUUUUAUCACAGCCAAUCUCAGAAACAGAAGUGAAUAGUAAAAACAAUAUAAAUGCAAAAAAAGACCAAUCAUUUAAUUCUAACAUAUUAUCUAACAAUAGUAUAAUGUAUACGAGUACUAUCAAGUCUCUAAAGGAUGGAAACUCAAAUGAGAGGACCAUAAGUGACAAUGAAAAAACGGACCGUGUCAUUGUAAUGGAAACAACUGACUUUGUUCGGCAAGACUUAGCCAGUGAUCCUUACCACAAUUAUAAGUAUAUAAAUCAAGUUCACUCUGGACGUAAACUACGAAACUUGUUAAAAUCAAGACAAAGUCAAAACUAUCUUAAAACAAGAGACAAUUCAAACCAGACAGAAGACGAACUUGAUCCUAUUAUGACCGGACCACCAGUUGUACGUUCAGUCGACAACCUUCUUUCAACCACCAAGGAAAAAUACCGUGAUAGCCCAAUGCUACCUGUCUUUCGCAAACUCAGCAGUAAUUUAUCCCAGAAUUACACAUUAUUAUCAAAUUCUGAAAUCAACAUGUUCAACAAACGGUCUGUAUUUCCCGCCUCUGAUCAAGAUGAUUCAGAUCCAAGUCUCAAAAGGUUUCGAAGACCAAUAAAUCAAUAAUUUACAAUAUAAAUAUUAAUAACGCUAACUACUUGAAAGUUAG